AUGGUCUGCUGCCUGGGGCCUGCACUGCUGCUCCUGCUGCUGCCACUGGGUGAGCACCCCUCUCCUCCCCUGGACCCCCGAACUCUGGCUUCUCUGUCACUGCUCCUCAGUGACAAGGCAGGGCGCCGCACCGAGACCUGCAACCGGCCCGCCCCUUUCCCAGGGUCGGUGAAUUCGGCCGGAGGGAACCGAUGUGUGGACGCGGCCGAAGCCUGCACGGCGAACGCUCUGUGCCAGCGGCUGCGCUCCGAGUACGUGGCGCAGUGCCUGGGCCGGGCCGCGCAGGGGAGGUGUCCCCGCGCCCGCUGCCGCCGCGCCCUGCGCCGCUUCUUCGCCCGCGGGCCACCCGCGCUCACCUACGCGCUGCUCUUCUGCCCCUGCGGGGGCUCCGCGUGCGCCGAACGCCGGCGCCAGACCUUCGUGCCCUCCUGCGCCUUCUCCGGGCCCGGCCCCGCGCCUCCCUCCUGCCUGGAGCCCUUAGGGGUUUGCGAGCGCAGCCGGGUCUGCAGGCCCCGCCUCCUGGCCUUUCAGGCCUCCUGCGCGCCCGCGCCCAGCGCCCCCGACGGUUGCCUGUGGGACCAGCGCGCCCGCUGCGUGCGCGCCUACGCGGGCCUCAUGGGCACAGCUGUCACUCCCAACUACGUGGACAACGCGAGCGCGCGCGUGGCGCCCUGGUGCCACUGCGGAGCCAGCGGGAACCGGCGUGAGGACUGCGAAACCUUCCGGGGGCUCUUUACCAGGAACCCCUGCUUGGAUGGUGCCAUUCAGGCCUUUGCCAGCCGGUGGCCCCCAGUCCUGCUGGACCAGCUGAACCCCCAAGGGAACCCUGAGCACAGCCUCCUGCAGGUGCCCCUCCCUCAAGUUGGUGGCUUUGCAGUUUCCAGGCACCAGUGGGAAGACCACACCCUUCAUUGGAUGGUCACCACCAGGCCCUCACUGUGUUCAACUAAGUCUCACGGGGCCUUCGUUGCUCACCUGCACCUCUUACUGCUUGGGGACUAGAAGCAGUUGGCUUUUCCAGAAUUGCAAGGCCCUGGUUGACGUCUUUCCACCCCUUUUCCCUUCUGCGUGUAAACUGGCUAAUUCUUUCCUGGAGUAAACUUCUUCUGGUGAUGUGUCGCCAAAAGCAGCCAAUAAUAAUCAACACAUAGGACGAUGUCUUUUUCAUUUCUUUCCCUCAAGCCAAAAAGUCAGCAGGCAUGGAGUUUGCUUUCUGAAUUACCGAGUAAAACAGCCUUACCACGUGUUUUGCUCCGCCUGGCAGAGACCUGAGUUUCCUGCCAGCUGCAUCUGUCUCCUCACUGCCCGCCACCUGGCCACACGCUGAGCCAGUGCCACGUACUUUAGGUUUUGGUUACAGGUGCACUGCACUUGAAAGUGCCGAUUUAUUAGCGAGAAUAAGAAAAGCUAACUGGUGUAACAAAGCCCCAGAUCUCAGUGGAUCAGUACAGCGCAAGUUUGCUUUCCAGUGAUGCAAGGGCCAACACAGCUCUGACUGAUCAGGUGGCCUGCCUCUAAGGGGUGACUCGGACUCACAGUCCCUCCAGUGUCUUUGACAUGUGGCUCUCAGGAGAGUCCCCUGUGGGAGCAUUUGUGUGCCAAGUUUGGAAUUGGUGCCCGUCACUUCUUCCAACCUUUCCUUGGCCAUGGCUUAGCUUGGUUCCAACCUAACUACAGGGAGGCUGGGAAAUGAUGAGCUGUGGGCCCAGUAGGUUUGGUAAACACAGCGUUAUCUCUGACACAGUACCACCAAAUCACAGGUUUCUAUCCUGUUAGAAACUGUUGCUGGCUUCCACAGCCCUCCCUGGAAGAGUUUCAAGGUCCUCAACUUGUUUGUGGCUACUAGUCCGGCCAUUUCCCUCUCCAAGUCAGACCCGAGCUCUGGUGGGCAAGCCUCCUCCAGGCUCCUGCCCUCACCUCAGCUCCUGGCCCUAGUACCCUGCCGCCCUCCCCUAUAGAAGUGACUGUCUUCUUUGUGUUUUCUCCAUCUGUCAAUGACCUCAUUCCUCUGGAAGGAAGCCCUUGCACUGGGAAUCUGCUCUCUGCUCUGAGGUCCUGAAAUGCAUGACUCUGACCCAUUCUGAGGGUAGGAGCCAAAUAAAGUGGGGACGCACAGGAGGCCCCCAAACAAGGCCUUGCCAAUGGGAAUACCUUCAUGAAAAAGUCAAGGCCAAGGACAACAGUGUGGCCAUAGUUGAGACCUGUCAGCACACCUGAGAUUUAGCAGUUUGGAGAGAACCUAGAGGCACAUUCAAGGGCCCUUGAGGAAAGCGCGAAGCGGAAGGAUAAUGGCACCACUGGAGACAGUGGUGUGGUUAGUGGAAGGGUGAGACGGCUGUCCACACCCCACUGCUCAGAGCUGUCCCUGCCUCCACAGGCAGGGUCCCACACCAGGGCACAGCUGCCCCGCAGGCACACAAAGGCUGUCACGGAAAGUCUGUGGCUCACAAGUGCUUGAAGGGGUGUCUGAGGUGCCUGCAGGGGUUUUAGCUUUCACCUCCGUAACUGUCAAGUGCUCCCUCAGAGGCAGUCUGAAAACUGGUAAAAGCUUAAAUACAGGCAAAACAAUGCAAAAUCAAAAUGAAACACUCAGAACAAAAGCCACAUUUUUACCAGAUCUACUUUUAUUUCAGAAGGAAGUUUGUAUUAUUUACUUUUGUUUAUAUACAAGUUCUUCACAUUUGUGUUUAAAAUGCACAGACCUCCCUUAGUUCUCUUGUUCCUGCUUAAAUUAGCCGUUAUUUUACAAUACAAAAAAUACCAAAAAAUUGCAGUCCUAAAUGUAUGUAUAACACCCACAAUCCCCAGCAAUGAAAUAGUUUACAAUACUUACUCCAUAUUUACAUGUGUAAUAGAUGCUAAAUUAUACAUAUUAACAAACUAAGCUUGAAUCCAAACAAAACUGUAAAUAACUAUAAAACAAAAACAUUUCCAGAGGCAGAAUUAGUUCAACGAAACAGGCUUCACUAGUGUUUAGAACGUUUUGUGCACAAAUUCAGUUACUGAAAGUUGAUUCUAUUAUUGCCUUUAAAAGAGAAGGCGCCAAUUUUCCUCUCCACUCCAAAACAUCUCCCUGUAGGCAGUGUGUUUGACUUUCCUCAAGGGGCAAUGUCUCUUGGUGGAAUGGCUAUCUAGAAGCCACUGCAGUGGCUGCAGCCAAGUUUGGUCAAUGGGGUCAUUUGGUCAUUUCAGAAGGUAGGCAGGGCAUGCCCAGAGGACAGGAGGCCUCUGUCAUCCUGGCUCUGUCCUCAGGAUGGCCAAUUCUCA